ACUUUGUAUAUAACUUAACUUUGUCUUAAAUAACACAAGAAUUACCUCACAUAUCCAUUCAUACUUACCUUAAUUUGUAAUUCUAUUUACAGAAAUUUACGUGAAUAAAACGCAACAAAUAUAAAAUACUUUUCCCCAAUUUAGUUAAAAAAAAAAAAAAUCGUAACAGCGGGAAAAAAUAAAAGGAAAGGUGGAGAGAAGGAAGUCUGAGACAAAUGAAAGACAAGUCUGGUCUGCGCGAGAUCUUCUUUCUUCGUCACUAAGUCUCUUCCUAUCUCUCUGUUCUUCAUUUCAAUUCUUUUCAUUUUCUUCGUCUCAUCUCACCUUCGAUUUAUCGGCGUUUUCUACCGAUUUCUCUCUCUCUUUCAUCCAAUUCUGUUUCGCGAAAUGGCGAUUGACACCAUGAUCGUCACCAACACGCCGGCGAGAGAUCUGGUAUCCACGAAUCUCGCCUACUGCUCUGUUGCUGAUCUUCGCCGUCUUGCUGCUCCUGGAUCGCGCGUGGUUUUUGCCUAUGUUGGCGAUUCUUGGGUCCUUUCCGUUGGUGCUCAUGAUGAUAUACCCAGUGGGAGCAUAGCUCUUAAUUCUGUCCAACGGAAGUAUCUGAGGGUUUCCACCGGGGACCCCAUUACUGUCAAAAGAUUCAUACCUCCUCAGAAUAAUCAAAUUACAGUGCUUACUCUUGAAUUGGACUAUUUGUCCAAAGCAAAAGCAAGAGAUGAACAAGUUGAUGCUGUUGUUGUGACCCAAUUGAUUAAGAGGAGACUUGUUGACCAGAUCAUGACAGUGGGCCAAAAAGUAACUUUUGAGUACCUAGGCAAUAAUUUUCUUUUCACAGUCAACCAGGCUGUUGUUGAGGGGCAGGAAAAUUCAGAUAUUGAAAGAGGGAUGCUGUCAGCAGACACAUAUAUCAUUUUUGAGGCAGCAGGAGGCAGUGGAAUAAAGAUAAUCAAUCAACGUGAAUCAGCUAGCAGCAAUCUCUUUAAGCAUAAAGAAUUCAAUUUGAAGGCACUUGGUAUAGGUGGUCUGAGUGCAGAGUUUGCAGAUAUAUUUCGAAGAGCUUUUGCCUCUAGGGUUUUUCCUCCCCAUGUCACUAGCAAAUUGGGCAUCAAGCAUGUGAAAGGAAUGCUUCUGUAUGGGCCUCCUGGCACUGGCAAGACUCUAAUGGCACGUCAGAUAGGAAAGGUGUUAAAUGGAAAGGAUCCAAAGAUUGUCAAUGGGCCUGAAGUAUUAAGCAAGUUUGUUGGUGAAACUGAGAAGAACAUCAGGGAUCUAUUUGCUGAUGCUGAACAAGACCAGAGAACUCGAGGGGAUCAAAGUGACUUGCAUGUUAUUAUCUUUGAUGAAAUAGAUGCUAUCUGUAAGUCUAGAGGCUCUACUAGGGAUGGUACAGGUGUCCAUGAUAGCAUUGUCAACCAGCUACUAACCAAGAUUGACGGGGUGGAGGCACUCAAUAAUGUUUUGUUGAUUGGGAUGACUAACAGAAAAGAUUUGCUUGAUGAAGCACUUUUAAGGCCUGGGCGUUUAGAGGUUCAAGUGGAGAUAAGCCUCCCUGAUGAAGCUGGUCGUUUGCAAAUUCUUGAAAUUCAUACAACCAAGAUGAAAGAAAAUUCUUUCCUUGCACCAGACAUCAAUUUGGCUGAACUGGCUGCAAGAACAAAGAAUUAUAGUGGAGCAGAGCUCGAAGGUGUUGUUAAGAGUGCUGUCUCAUAUGCUCUGAACCGGCAAUUAAACAUGGAUGAUCUUAAUAAGCCAGUGGAUGAGGAAAACAUAAAAGUUACUAUGCACGACUUUUUGGAAGCUAUAGGAGAAGUCAAACCAGCAUUUGGAGCAUCCACCGGUGAUCUUGAACGAUGCAGGCUCAAUGGAAUGGUGGAUUGUGGUGUACGCCAUGAACACAUCCAGCAACGCACUAUGCUGCUAGCAGAACAAGUAAAACUUAGCAAAGGCAGCCCACUUUUGACUUGUCUUCUGGAAGGUCCAAGUAGCAGUGGGAAGACUGCAAUGGCUGCUACAGUUGGUAUCUGUAGUGAUUUUCCAUAUGUGAAGAUUGUAUCAGCGGAAUCCAUGAUUGGUCUCAGUGAGAGUACUAAAUGUGCACAUAUUGUCAAGGUCUUUGAAGAUGCUUAUAGGUCACCGCUGAGCGUAAUAAUACUUGAUGACAUUGAGAGGCUUGUAGAAUAUGUGGCUAUUGGCCCUCGGUUUUCAAAUAUCAUCUCGCAAACAUUGAUGGUCCUCUUGAAACGACUUCCCCCACUGGGAAAGAAACUUCUUGUGUUGGGGACAACCAGUGAAGUUGGUUUCUUGGAUUCAAUUGGCAUUCGUGAUGCAUUCUCUGUCACCUAUAAUGUCCCAACUUUGAAAACUGAAGAUGCACGAAAGGUGUUGAAGCAACUAAAUGUCUUCUCAGAGGAUGACAUAGAUUCGGCUGCUGAGGCCCUAAAUGAUAUGCCAAUUAAGAAAGUGUACAUGCUAAUUGAAAUGGCUGCUCAAGGUGAACAAGGAGGUAAAGCAGAAGCCAUUUACUCUGGCCAAGAAAAGAUUGACAUAUCUCACUUUUAUGAAUGUCUUCAGGACCUUGUCCGGUACUGAUUCACACUAAGCAGCAUGUUAUUACACUGGUUUUUUCACCAGUCUUUGCUUUGACGGUAAUUUUAAUCAGAUUGACUGUGUUAUUAAUUUUUAUAUUCUUUCACCCGUUAUCUUUCUUUGAACCCCUUCAGUGGGUCGGACCAUGGUUUUGUAGUUAGCCGGUGUGUAUACCCUACGGAUUUGACUUAUUUACUGCCAUUUUUUCACCAGUUUUGUCAGAUGUUGAGCUUUUAAAA